AUGAACCGGCCAUAUGAUAUGAUCGUGUAUGGCGCCACCGGCUACCUGGGUUCUCUGGUGGUGCAGUACCUGUGGGCCAACAGUCCGCCAACCCUCCGAUGGGCUGUUGCCGGCCGCAGUGAGCAGAAGCUGGUGGCCCUUGUCAACUCUCUAGACCGAGCCCAAUCUCAUCGCAAGUUGCCUCAUAUAAUGGUUGCCACCCUCAGCGACGAUGAUCUUGGGCGCAUGGCGUCCCAAACACGUCUGGUGCUCAACACGGUCGGGCCAUUCUGUAAAUAUGGCACACCCGUUGUGGUAGCCUGUAUCAAGAACUCCACUGCCUACGUGGAUUCCACAGGUGAACACGUCUGGACGCAGCACCUGGCAGCGCAGUGGCACGACAAAGCCAUGGCCAACAAAGCAAUUAUCAUCCCCCAAUGUGCCGUGGAGUCCAGCCCCCCAGACCUGAUGACGCUUCUUCUCGCGCGCAGACUGCGCCGGCCUCUUGGGCCCGUCUUCUUCACAAUCCAACAUACCUGGACAGGGUACAGCGGGGGAACGAUUGCAAGCAUCCUUGCCGGUCUGGAGACGUACUCGCUCCGGCAGAUGAUGGCUGCCAGCGCCCCUCGCGCGACCUGUAUCCCAAACGCCGGCCGGCAUCACCCUCAUCCCCCUCCGGUCCUGCCCGUCCGUUGGGAUCGCUUCCUGGGUAAUCUCACCUUCAAUCCUUCGGCCAUGGCGGAUCGAGCAGUCGUCAUGCGCACCUGGUCCCUUCUACAGCGACACGGGGAGCGGACCGAGCAAUACGGUGAACGAUUCAGCUUCCAGGGGUAUACAACAGCGUCGAGCUGGCUGCAGGCGUGGUCCUCGUUCCUAGCCAUGUCGGUCGCACUUUUUACUGUUCUCAUAUUUCCGCCACUCCGGUGGUUGCUGCGGUGGCUCUCACCGCAACCGGGAACAGGCCCGCAGGUGACCGGGGAGAAUCAUUUCGUGGAAUGGAAGGCCACAGUCGCAGUGGAUGGGGACGAUGUGAGCCAACCCAGCGCAAUGGGUGCCAUGCGUAUGAACACGGACGUGUAUAGCGUCUGCGCAACGUUCGUUGGUGAAGCUGCCUUGACGCUGUUGGAAGUUUUGGACGGAAAUGACAAUGGCUCGAUGAUAAAGAGAUUAGGAGGGGGGAUUCUCACCCCUGCAUCACUGGGGAUGCUGUAUGUUGAGCGGCUAGAAAAGGCCGGAUUGGAGUGGAAGGUGACUGAAAUAGGGAGAUGA